ACACGCACACAUUUAAUCACAUGCACGAGUCAGACAGAGAUGACCGUUACCAUAGUUACUGUGACUAGUUCAGUGUGUUGGAGACUUGACACGUGAAAAUACCUUCGGGCAGCCAAACUUUGGUUGGUUAGUUUGAAUCUUUUGUGUGUGUCACAAGUUUGAAAUCCUCCAACUGGGAGGAUGGCUAAAACUGACAUGCAUAUAUAUAUAUAUAUAUGCACUGAAGUCAGAGGCUUAGGGGAAUAUUCUCUAUUUUUCUUUUAUGAUUUUAAAUUGCAAAAAAUAUGUUAUUUAGUAGGAAGGGCUUGUUUUGUACAUGGAGAACAAAACACCGUACAAUAUGUGUCCCUGAACAACAGUAGAAAAUAGAAACGCUCACCAGUCGAUGGUAAAUGAAACUGGAAGUCUAACAUUAAAAUGUGUGCAGAGUGGAACCGGUUCCCGUUUCAGUCUCAAGUUCACAAUAACGCCAAUGACAGGCUGGAAUAUUGACAGAUGUGUUGCAUAAGCACGAUGUCGCAAUAGACACGGAGGGUCGCUGUAGGUGAGCACUGUUGGGAUAGUUACUGUGACUAGUUCAGUGUGUUGGAGACUUGACACGUGAAAAUACCUUCGGGCAGUCAAACUUUGGUUGGUUAGUUUGAAUCCUGUGUGUGUCACAAGUUUGAAAUCCUCCAACUGGGAGGAUGGCUAAAAGUGAUAUGCAUGCAUAUAUAUCAGUUUUUUUUGGUGAUAAAUCACAGUAUGGACCUCUUCAAUGUACAGACGGAGUAUUUGAGAGCCAAACAGAAGCACUUCUGGUUCAAUAAGGACCGAGGGUCACUUGGGUUUUUCUGCACUGGAAAACUAUUUGGGAUAAACAAUCUUCCAACAGCAUAUUAUUAGGCUCUUCUGUUGAUAUCAAACAAGCAAAAAAAUACUGUUUUAAACAAAUGGACUAUAUUUAUUAUUAUUUGGCUCUUCUGUUGAUAUCAAACAAGCAAAAAAUACUGUUUUAAACAAAUGGACUAUAUUUAUUAUUAUUUGGCUCUUCUGUUGAUAUCAAACAAGCAAGAAAAAUACUGUUUUAAACAAACGGACAAUAUUUAUUAUUAUUUGGCUCUUCUGUUGAUAUCAAACAAGCAAAAAAAUACUGUUUUAAACAAAUGGACAAUAUUUAUUAUUAUUUGGCUCUUCUGUUGAUAUCAAACAAGCAAAAAAUAUACUGUUUUAAACAAAUGGACUAUAUUUAUUAUUAUGUGGCUCUUCUGUCAAUAUCAAACAAGCAAAAAAAGACUUUUAACUGAGACAAAUGGACUAUAUUUAUUAUUAUUUGGCUCUUCUGUUGAUAUCAAACAAAACAAAAAAGACUAUUUUAACUGUUUGUUGUUUGAUAUCAACAGACGUAGCACUCGUAGACUCCCCCUAACUGGACCAGGGGGCUUCCCAGACCCUAUUAAGAUCUCAAAGUCCAUCUUCUAUCACAAAUUACAUCUGUGAUGCAUUAUUUCUGCUCCUAUGUGCUGCAUUAUAACAUAUCCUACAUUAUAACAUAUGCUUGAUAGUAACAUGUGCUGUAUUAUAACAUAUGCUAUUGGCAGCAGGCUUGUGUCGCCACUGUUUCCUACAACGGCACCGCAGCCUUGUGGGAAAUAUAUGCAAAUAAAACCACCAUCUGCUGGGAACCCUCACAACAGAAGCUGGGAUCCAGCCCCCUGUCACCGAGUCACGAACUUCUACUUUCAUUAAACUUAUUGCAGCCACCCCGCCUGACUGUGUGCGCGCGCGUGCACGCGCGUGUCCUUUAUCCAGUAGCUGGGAGCGAAGAAAAAAAAGAAUGCGGAAAUCACAUGAGCUUCACACCCACGAGACUAGGGCAUAACAGACGACCCCUAUUUAUUGAUACGCCAGCCAUGCUGCGCCCCGCGGUCCUCAGUCUCCUCCUGGCGUGCGCCGCCGUGUCCCUCACCAGCUGCGCUGUCAUCCUCGAGGAUGGCAUGCCCAUCCAGUGGGCUCAGACGGCCGGCCAGGUGACCGACCUGCCCAUACAGAACGGAGUUCUGACCCCCGACCCCUGGAACUACCUCCACCGCAUGAGUCUCUACCGGCUGAUCAUCGCUGCCACCGACCCAUUGAGUGGCUCCAUGGGCACAACUCCCACUGACGGUGCCAUCUAGGGACUGCCGCUGCAGUUAGGAUGGAUGCUAACAUCAGGCCGCCUCGCUGACCCAACUGGAGCUACAACCUGCGGCCUGGCGACCGGAGAUACCAGGUGUAUUUCUACUGAGAGCUGGUGGGGCUGUGUGAACUACUAUGCCUCUGCACUCCCCUUCAUGUCCGCUGCCCCAGGCUUGAUGGGAGCAGGAGUUCAGGUCCAGAUGUAGGCCCCUGAAGGUGUAACGGACUACUGCACAACAUAUGCCUCCUGUGCAGUCAGCCACCCCGACGUCAUCACUAAGUGGGACGCCUUCUUCCAGGCUCUCAAGGGCGCGGCCGAGUCUGCUCUCCCAGAAAAUGAGAAGAAAGACUAUCCGCUCGGUCUCUUCUGGGAGGCCCACAUGGCUUCAUCGUACGCCUCUUCCUCAUGCGCUACCAGGGCGAGCCACUACUCGUCUACAGAGGUGGCCUUUUCUAUGAACUGGGAGAACUCGGCCGAGUACGUCGCGGCGGCACAUUUCCACUCCAAUUUGGAGAAUUCCGCCAUGUUCAUCGCCCCUCUCCCAGGCCGUAUACUGCAGGUGGGCGACACUGCACCCAACAUAGCCGACCUGAGCGAGGCGGAGAACCACACCGUGUCCAUCUUCUCCUGGAUCAGCAGCAUCAACAAUUUACUGGCUGGGUCCCUGGUGCGUAUGUGAAAAGGCGCCAUGUGCUCGGUGGCCACCAGGGAGAAGGGCAGAGAGAUGCUGGGCCAGCUCCUCCUGAACCCCGGAUUCGCCACCAGCACGUUCCUGUCCAUCAUCUCUGAAAUGACUCACGGCUGCUGAAACAAUCACACACUCGCUCACGGAGAGAGAGACAUAGAGCAAUUUCUCUUUUUUUGAAAGCUAAAAACAAACAUUAAACUAGAACGGGCACUCGGUAGAGUGCAUACCUUCGCAUAUCACAAGAUUGGGCAUUGAAUUAUGAACAUUUUGGCAUUAGUUGCAUGCCAAUUGGAUACAAAUGGACCGCGCUAUGGUAAAAAGAAGAUUUUGACCUUUUCAUGACCUUGACCUUUGACCCGAUCGAUCCCAAAAUCUAAUCAAAUGGUCCCCGGAUAAUAACCAAUCAUCCCACCAAAUUUCAUGCGAUUCGGUUUAAUACUUUUUUAGUUAUGAGAGUAACACGCAUACAAAUAAAUAAAUAGAUAAAUAUACGGCGAUCAAAACAUAACCUUCCGCAUUUUCAAUGCGAAGGUAAUCAUGUGAUUUGACUUUUUUUUAAUACAUAGUACAGGAUUACUUUUGCAUUUCUGGGAGGGAGGUUUCACAAAGAGAAUAUAUUUGGAGUACAAAAAGAAAUUUCUUUGUAAAGUAUUGUGAUUAUUUGGAAGGAGUUUAAAGCAGGUAUAGUCUUGUAUCUAUCUUUGUUCUCACCACUCUCUUGAUACAUAUUCCCCAAUAAAGCAUGACAAAAAAACACAAUAAUAUUACUGUUAUUCUAGUACUCUUUUUUGUGAUUGUAUGAUUGCACAUUAUUGCAGAUUCUGGUUUGAAGAUGCAGAGUAAGGUUUGCAAUAGCACUGGGGGAGUAUUAAAUACAAAUUUAGUCAAUUAUGUUACAUUUUGGGGUAAUUUUACUUGAUAUAAGUAUUUCCAUUCUCUUUUAUUUAAUCAUUUUACUUCACAAAAUGAGACACUAUAAUCAUCUGACAGCUGUUGUCACUUUGCAGAUUUAAAUUCUACCUCCAAAAUAAGUGUUUGAGUUCCUUAAAUCUGGAUUAUUGUAAUAAACUAGCAGUGUGUAAAGAACUACAUCAUUAAUGUGUUCCUUGCAUGUUUUGGA